AUGGUAAAAAAUAAUAAUUAUAAAAGUUAUUACGAAGAGAAUAAUAAUGAAAAUUAUUAUGAAAAGAAUGAUGAUAAAAUUUAUUACAGAGAGAAUAAUGAUGUAAGUUACUAUAGAGGAAGUGAUGAUAAUGAAAGUUACUAUGAAGAAAAUGAUGAUAAUGAAAGUUAUUAUAAAGAGAAUGAUGAUAAACAAGUAGAAUAA